AUGCUAACCAUCGAGACCACAGACAAGGAGCACCCGCUCAUGGGCGCAGUCAUUUGCUUUACUUCAGUUUCUCCAGAGCAAAGAACACGACUGGCCGACUUUGCGAGAGAAAUGGGCGCAAUUGAACAGCCAGACCUUACUUCGGACGUUACUCAUCUCCUAGUUGGAGCGACUGACUCGCCAAAGUACAAGUUUGUCGCACGUGAACGAAAUGACGUGCUGGUGCUAAAGCCCGAGUGGAUUGAAGCCGUACGGGAAUCGUGGAUGCAGGGAGAGGAUACGGAUACUCGAGAACUGGAGGAGAAGUACAAAUUCCCAGCUUUCUUUGAUCUCACGAUCUGUAUUACUGGCUUUUCAGACAUGGCCUUUCGAACUCAGAUGCAUGACUUGGCCGUAGCGAAUGGAGCGGAAUUCCGCAAAGACUUGACGAAGAGUGUCACCCAUCUUGUCGCGCGUAACGCCGAGGGUGAGAAGUACAAGUUUGCGACACAAUGGAACAUCAAAGUUGUCACAGUGAAGUGGUUCCACGAUUGCAUCGAACGCGGAAUGAUUCUAGACGAAGAAAAAUACCAUCCCAUGUUGCCACUCUCAGAGCAAGGCGUAGGGGCAUGGAAUAUGUCACUUCCAGCUACCAAAGAAAGAGCAAAGGAGAGAACCGGUGAUGAUGAUGGGUCUCUGAAUCCGCGGCCAAGGAAAAAGCUUCGCAGAACUGCCAGUACCAAAUUGGUGGGCCAAAAUGAAAAUAUAUGGGGGGACAUUAUUGGCAUGGGUUUCACAAAUACUGAAUCUACCGGAUCCAAGCAUGACCAGUGGAAGGAAAAUGAUCUGGAAAAGCCGAAGCCACCCGUCAUCCAAGCUGCGAAAUCGUUUGCAAGCGAGUCGACAUUUUCCGAGACAAUGCAGAAUCUCCAGCAGCCCGAGACUAUAUCUAAAAGUGAUGGUUUCCUUGCCGGCUCUUAUUUCUUCAUCCAUGGCUUUUCUCCUAAACAGAUUGGAGUUUUGCGAGACCACCUUGGCUACAAUGGGGCUCAAUGUGUGAAUUCUAUGAACGAGUUCUCCAGUCCUAGCAUCCCAAAAACAGGACAAGGAUUGUACAUGAUAGUCCCUUAUCGAACCCCUAGAUCGGAAAUUCCAUCCACAGAUGAUUUGGCUUUCGAGUGCGAGGUUGUGACAGAUAUGUGGCUGGAGCGAUGCCUUGAUACAAAAGCCUUGGUGCCGCCAGAAUCUCACGUUGCAAGCACACCCUUCCCCAAGUUUCCUCUGCUAGGAUUUCCUGGAAUGCGAAUAUGCUCGACUGGCUUCGCGCGGAUCGAUCUACUUCACCUCUCCAAACUUGUCAAUCUGAUGGGUGCUACCUACGAGGAGUACCUAACACCCAAGGCGUCUGUUCUGAUCUGUAAUGACACACAAACUGCAAGUCGUGACAAGCUCCGUCAUACAAGUGAAUGGGGGGUCCCAGCCGUAUCCGCUGAUUGGUUUUGGAUAUCCAUUCAAUCUGGCCACAAGAAGCCAUUUGAGCCGUACCUGAUUCGCAGACAAGCCUCUCAACACCCCAGUAGCGUGGAGAAACCUGGUGAUGGAUUCACACGUGAGAACCGACGGAACUGUUCAAGUGACCAGGAACGAGACGGAAAGUCUAAUACAUCAGCCGAGUCAACCAACAAGACCAGAAUCGCAGAGCGCAUUUCCGACAAAAGGGACAAAUCACGAAUUUUGCCGAUUAUGGACGAUGGAUUCGCAAAAGAUGAGACGGAAGCUCCACCCAAACCAACAGUCCCCGAAUCACGAUCUGGGUCACCUUCCAGAACAACAGACCAACCACAGUCAGGAGAAGCUCCCGCAAACAAUCCAGAUCAGGAUAAAGCUGUUUCAGCUGCUGGGCCAUCUGCGUUAGAUACUGCUUUGAAGGGGCUCCUUCAACAAGCCCAAGCGGCCAAGACCCGUCAGCAGUCGGAUAGCUCAACCAAUGCCGACGAUGGUAGCUACCCUGCCCGACGAAAACGCAAGCCUCUGCUAGGCCGAGCAACAUCCCAUUCGUCUAGUCGCAAGCUCGAGACAACACGCACAGUGUCCCGUGCAAGUUCCGUCGAUACACUGAACGACGAUGGCCUCGGCAGUGUAGUCGAGAGUGGAGAUCCAACCCGUGAAAAUUCUCUAUCUCGCACUAACAGCCGUGUUGAACCAAACUUAUCAUCGAUAUUCAGCGGUGGGAAAUUCGACUUCAUGGUCGAGAAGACGCUCGCCCCUGCCGAUAACGAAGAUGAAGAAAACCAAGAACCGCAAAUGACACAACUUGACUAUGAGGACCCAGAUGCAGCAGCCAUGAGAGCGGAAUUCUUGCGGGAUGCAGGUAAACUAACUGGAAAGGCAAAGAAGCCCGACCAUGUAGCUCUGGGAGAAAUCAGGGAGUUGGAGGAUACUGGCUGGGGGUCUGGACGGAGAACGAGGAAGCAGCCUGUUAAAGAGGAUGAUUGA